AUGGCUCGGAUGAGAACAAAACCAAAUGGCGAGAAUGGCGCGGAAGCACCUGGCGAUCCAGCUACUAAUGGUAAUCGCAAUAGAGAUCGCGACACGAGUGGUAGAGGCGGCCAGCAGUACGCAGAAAGGGGCGGAAAGAGUCUAAACGCCUACAAAUCAACAGGAACCGGAAAAAGGCGGUACAAACCAGGUAUGGCCGCGUUAAGAGAAAUCAGAAAAUACCAGAAGUCGACAGACUUGCUCAUUCAAAAACUGCCUUUCUCUAGAUUGGUUCGCGAGAUACACGAAGAAUUUCUUAACACAGGGUACAGAUUGGAGGAAUUUCCUGCGCGUUGGCAGUCUUCCGCGCUACUAUGCUUGCAGGAAGCUGCAGAAGCCUAUCUUGUGCAUCUGUUCGAGGACGCCUAUCUAUGUACAAUACACGCAAAGAGAGUUACUUUAAUGCAACAGGAUAUACGUCUCGCUCGGAGAAUACGCGGGCAGCAAUAA